AGGAACUUGGUUUGAAGCCUGGUUUGAAGCCUGGUUUGCAGCGGGUACAGCCCUCAUUUCUGACACAGCCAUCAUGAAGACAGCAGUGACCCUCCUGGCUCUGUCUCUCCUCCACAUCUGCUCUCCUGUCCCCAUCAGCCGCCCAACCAACUGGCUCAGACAAUGUCGUGCCUCCACCGACCUCUCCCUCACAGCACUGGAGGUGCUGCCAGGUGGAGGCUGGGACAAUCUACGCAACAUGGAUAUGGGUCGAGUCAUGAACCUCAGCUACUUCCAGUGCCAGACCACUGAAGACGGGCUCUACCUCAUCCCAGAUGAAGUAUUUGUUAUCCCCCAGAAGGAGACAGGUGUGGAGACCAACUCGGAGAUAAUCAGCUCCUGGCUGGAGCAGAAAAGUUCUACAUCAAAAACCAUAAAUGCAGACAUAUCCUUCCUCUCACUGCUGAAUGGCAAAUUUUCUACUGAAACUGAUAGGAUGAAAACCCAUCAGGUCAAAGACUCUUCAACUACAGCCAGAGUACAGAUUCGCGACUUCAUCUACACAGUUAAGGCUUAUCCAGACUUCACUCUGGACACACGCUUCGUUCAACAAGCCCAAGAGAUUGCUGAUGCUAUUGAAAACAACCAAACAAGGCAUGCGGACUACCUCUCAGAGAAGAUGGUCCUGGACUAUGGAACUCAUGUUAUCACCAGUGUCGAUGCGGGGGCUGCGUUGGUGCAGGAAGACUACCUCCGGUCUUCAUAUGUAUCAACCAAUGAAUCACAAAGUUCCUCGAUCAAAACACAGGCUGGCUUAAACUUUUUUGACAAACUUAAGUUUGACAUAAGUAGUCAAAACACCCAGCAGAGCUCAUCACUUCAGGCGUAUCAGUCUAACAUUCAGUACUCUGUUAUCCAAAGCCACGGUGGCACACCUUUCUAUCCUGGCAUCACUCUGCAGAAGUGGCAGGAAAGUAUCAGAAACAAUCUGGUUGCUAUUGAUCGGUCAGGAAUUCCCCUGCACUACUUUAUAAACACCAACACUCUACCUAAUCUGCCACCGCCUACAGCUGACAAAGUGGCUCUUAGAGUGAGUCAGGCCAUAGACCAAUACUACAAGGUCAACACCCGCCCUGGCUGUGUAGACGUAAACUCUAAAAACUUUAACUUUCAGGCCAACAUUGAUGAUAGUUCCUGCGAAGGUCCUGCUACAAACCUCAGUUUUGGUGGCGUCUAUCAAGAGUGUAGUAAACUCAGCUCAGAUGCAGGUCCGCUAUGUGAUACCCUGGCCCAGAAAAACCCAGACACAGGUGACUUCUCCUGUCGUUCGCCGUACUACCCCACAUUACUGAGAUCAGAAGUGAGACAGCAGGGUUACAGUUUGUACCAGUGCCAUGACGUAAGCUACCACUGUGGAUUGUUUGGCUUGUUUAGGUGUCAUCGUUCAGACUGUCAAGACAAUUACUAUGUACGCUCUGCUCGUAUCAACACUUACUGGUGCUCUGUAAAUGGAAAAGCUCCAGAGAACUCUGGGUAUCUGUUUGGAGGCUUAUACAGCCCCUCACUCCUGAACCCCCUCACCAACACCAAAAGCUGCCCCCCAAACUUCAUUUCAGUCAAGUUUCUCUCAGAUGGCCAG